AUGGCUACCGCACCUACAUUUAUUUCCCAGACCGGGACCCUUCAAAAAUACUUUGCCCUUGAGCAGAAGGGCAACAUCAUCGCCGAGUACAUCUGGAUUGACUCCGAAGGCGGCACGCGCUCCAAGUCGAGGACCCUCCCCGAAAAGGAAGAGCCCUACAAGCCCGACGAGCUCCCGAUAUGGAACUUUGACGGUUCCUCGACGGGCCAAGCCCCCGGCGACAACUCGGACGUCUACCUCCGGCCGGUCGCCGUGUAUCCGGACCCGCUCCGCCUCGGCAAGAACAUCCUGGUGCUGUCCGAGUGCUGGGACUCCGAUGGCACCCCGAACAAGUACAACCACCGCCACGAGACGGCCAAGCUGAUGGAGGCGCAUGCCGCGCAUGAGCCGUGGUUCGGUCUGGAGCAGGAGUAUACGCUUCUAGAUUUCAAUGAUAGGCCGUAUGGCUGGCCGCAAAACGGUUUCCCGGCGCCCCAAGGGCCAUACUACUGUGGUGUGGGUACCGGAAAGGUGGUUCAGCGCGACAUUGUCGAGGCGCAUUACCGUGCCUGCCUGUACGCGGGCAUCAAGAUCUCUGGGACGAACGCUGAGGUAUCUGCGCAAUGGGAAUUCCAAGUCGGCCCAUGUGUCGGCAUUGAGAUGGGUGACCAACUCUGGCUCGCCCGUUUCCUCCUCCACCGCAUCGCCGAAGACUUCGGCGUCAAAGUCUCCGUCCACCCCAAGCCCAUCCCCGGCGACUGGAACGGCGCGGGUCUGCACUCCAACUUCUCCACCAAAGAGAUGCGCGUCGAGGGCGGCAUGAAGCACAUCGAGGAGGCCAUCGAGAAGCUCGGCAAGCGCCAUCUCGAACACAUCGCCGUGUACGGCGCCGACAACGAGAAGCGGCUCACCGGCCGCCACGAGACGGGCUCCAUCGAUCAGUUCUCGUACGGUGUGGCUAACCGUGGCGCGUCUAUCCGUAUCCCGCGCGAGUGUGCUGCUAAGGGGUAUGGGUACUUUGAGGACCGUCGGCCGGCGUCGAAUGCGUGCCCGUACCAGAUUACGGGUAUUAUCAUGGAAUCGAUCUUCGGUGCUGUCUAA